UCCAAGCGGAACUUCAACAGUGCGUGAUAAAUAAGCCCAGCCCUAAAAUCAGCCAUGGUCAAGUGUGAAUUUGAGUUACAUUUGGGUUACUGGCUUCAAGGUCAACCCUUGUUUGGUUGAGUUCAGGCGGCUACCUUGUGCAAACUUGGUACCCGUAGUUGUCGUUAAUGUUUUAUGGGAAGUAGUUUUAGCUGUGCAUCAGAAGAUAAUAUGGCUAACAAGUUAUUACCUGCUGCUAUUGUUUCUCCCCGUUCGAAACACACUGCUACGUUGAUUUUUCUGCACGGACUGGGUGAUACGGGAAAUGGUUGGUCAGAUGCACUGAAAUCACAUGUUCCGGAUUACUUCAAAGUCAUUUGUCCCCAUGCGAAUGCAAUUCCAGUCACGCUAAAUGGAGGAGUGCAUAUGCCAGCUUGGUAUGAUAUAUAUGCUUUGAGCGAGGAUGCUAGGCAAGAUGAAGUGGGAAUUAAAGCGGCGUCAAGUGAAUUGGGAAAAUUUGUAGAUUCAGAAGUGAAAGCUGGAAUUCCCAUUGAGAAUAUAGUUAUUGGCGGUUUUUCUCAAGGUGGUUCGGUCGCUCUUUAUAAUGCACUAACGGGGACAAGUCGCUAUGGCGGCGUUGUUGCUUUUAGUUCUUGGCUUCCGCUUCAUACGAAAUUCCUGACAUCUCCUACACUUUUGACCAUGCCAAAGGAUGUCCCAAUAUUUCAGUGUCAUGGGUUACAAGAUUGCACGAUUCCUUUUGCUAUGGGCAAGCUUACUCAUGAGCUGUUACAAACUUUCCGAUUAUCCAAGUGUGAACUAAAAAGUUAUCCUCAUCUGUCUCAUUCAUCAUGUGAACAGGAGAUGGAGGAUCUUCGAACAUUUUUGGUGAAAAUCAUCCCUGGGACGCGGAAGUGAAGUAUCACCUGUUUUUUACAAUCCGGUUAAUAUUCCUGUUCGUUAGACGAAACAUGAUUAUCAAUUUUCCUCAUUCACUUCCAAUGUAAUAUUCCCUUACACGUUCUUCUUACGUUACAUUUUAACGAUUCUGCUAAAGAAUAAUCGUAAUUUGUUCCAUGACUACACUAGAGUGUAUCCAUAUUUUCUUUUGCCUCACUUCAGAUAGCUUGUUUCUUUCGUUAAAUACGGCACAUUCAAGCUUUAGUUAGCGUUUGCUUCUGUAAGAAUGCUACUCGAUAGUUUCUUUUUGUCAAUAAGUAGUUUUGUGGUUACGUCUGUCCUUUUCAGUGAGAUGGUGAGACUUCUACAUAACCCCUGACUUAAUUCUAUGCUAUUACGUCCAAGGUUAUAUAGAGUUUUC